UCUCUCCAGGAGGCCUACUCUGUGGCGAGGCAGUUUAAUCUUAUCCCUCCAGUGUGCGAGCAGGCAGAGUAUCACUACUUUCAGAGGGACAAGGUUGAGGUGCAGCUCCCCGAGCUAUACCAUAAGAUAGGUAUAGGAGCCAUGACCUGGUCUCCAUUGGCUUGUGGUCUCAUCACAGGGAAGUACUGUGAUGGAAUCCCAGAUGGUUCCAGAGCAGCAAUAAAGGGUUAUCAGUGGUUGAAGGAUAAACUCCAGGGUGAGGAGGGGAGAAGGCAGAUGGCCAAAGUGAAAGAGCUCCACCUCCUGGCUGACAAACUAGGGUGUACCUCUGCUCAACUGGCUAUAGCCUGGUGCCUCAGAAGUGAAGGAGUGAGUUGUGUGCUACUGGGCGUCUCAAAUACAGAACAGCUUCUGGAGAACCUGGGUGCUAUACGGGUGCUAUCUCUCAUGACUCCCCAGAUGGUGUACGAGAUUGACUCACUCCUGGGGAACCGUCCACACUCGAAGAAAGAAGCACGUGCCUAAUUGAAGAACAGAGAGAGGGAGAAAGAAAGGGAGAGGGAGGGAGAGAGAUAGACAGCGGCAGUAACUAAAUCUCCCCUAUCAUUUCUAACCAAGCUGCAUGACUAUGUUGAUUAUUGUCAACAUUAGUGUAGCCAACAUUAGUGUAUGCACAGUAUUUAACUACCUAGUAGGUUCAACAUGCAAUAAUGCAAUUAU